AUGGAACCGGGACUUCUAGCGUGGAAAUUAGUAUCUAGUAUUAUGCUAGAAAAUGCUGCACAAUACUCGCCCAGAAUACUGCUCUGGUUAGUUAUUUUCCUUUUCCUCACACCGUGGCGUUGUUGUUUUGGAGAUAUCAUUUUUACUAUUCAAGAGGAAUUACCCAACGGUGAGUUGAUUGGAAAUCUAAAUAAAUAUUUGGGGAUCGGCGAUGGAAAAUAUACCAAUCGGGAACUCAGUGUGGUCUUUGCUGACAGUAAGCAAUAUUUAUUUAUAAAUCCGGAGAGUGGCAAUAUGUUUGUUAAUGAAAGAAUUGACAGAGAAAUGCUAUGCGGUGCCAAGUCGUUGUGUUAUAUUAUUCUACGGGUGGUUAUGAAAUAUCCUUUUCAGUUAUUCAACGUAAAAAUGGAAAUAUCAGACAUCAAUGAUAAUGCGCCCGUAUUUCCAGUUAAUGAUCUGCAUAUUAGUAUAAUGGAGUAUGUCCCCGUAGGGACGAUAUUCCCAAUUCAGAGCGCCAGUGAUCAGGAUGUGGGGUCUAAUGGGAUACAAAUUUACAGGCUUAGCAGCGAUGAUUAUUUUUCUUUGAAUAUGUACAAUUCGACUAAUGGUGGCCUAAUGGCACAGCUAGUCUUGAAUAAAAGUCUGGACAGAGAACAUAAGUCAUUGCACCAUCUUUUAGUGAUAGCAGUUGAUGGAGGUGAACCACAAAGGACCGGGACACUUCAAAUCGUCAUUAACGUCAUAGAUGCCAAUGACAAUUCUCCAACCUUUGAGAAACCUUUGUACACCGUCAGUUUGGCAGAAGACGCCACUAUAGGGACAUUAAUAAUUCAAUUGAAAGCUACAGAUCUGGACGUAGGAAUGAAUGGGGAAAUCUUGUAUUCAUUCAGUAGUCACACACCAAAGAAACUGCGAGAUAAAUUUGAUUUAAAUUCUUCCUCCGGUGAAAUUCGCCUUAAAAAUAAAAUAGACUUGGAGGAAACUGGGCCAUAUGAACUGCAUGUACAAGCUGCAGAUAAAGGUCCUUCCGCAAUGACUGGAUAUUGUAAAGUCCUGCUGGAAAUAAUAGAUGUAAAUAAUAACCUGCCUGAGAUUGCAAUAACUCCUGUUUCCAAUCAAAUCCUAGAAGACGCAGAUGCAGGAACUGUAGUGGCGCUGGUCAGUAUAACUGACAGAGACUUUGGAGUAAACGCUUUGGUAAAUUGCCAAAUAACUGAUAACAUUCCUUUUAAACUUAGAUCUGUUUCUGACUAUUAUACUUUGAUAACCGAUGGUCCUUUAGAUCGAGAAACCGUUGGUUCCUAUAAUAUCACUGUCACUGCCACUGAUGCCGGAUCACCCCCUCUUUCAACCGAAACAAAUAUUGUUGUCCAAAUCGCUGAUGUAAAUGACAAUUCACCACGUUUUUCACAAGGAUUAUACAAAGUGUACAUAAAUGAAAAUAAUUCAGUAGGGGAUUUCAUCUGUCAGGUCACCGCUUUGGAUCCAGAUCUGGACCAGAACAGUAUAAUUACUUAUAUCCUUUUAGAGACGGACAUCAACAGCUUGCCCAUUAUGAACUAUGUAUCAAUAAGCAACGACAAUGGAAAUGUAUAUGCUAGGUCUGUUUUUGAUUACGAGACACAGAAGAAUUUCGAGAUACUGAUUGAGGCUCGGGAUCAAGGCAAACCACCCCUAAGGAGCACUGCCACUGUGGAGGUGUCCAUUGUAGACCAGAAUGACAAUCCUCCCAUGUUCUUGUAUCCCCCCACAACAGAGGGGUAUAUACCAGUGGAAAUGGUUCCUCGUUCUGCAGAGGUAGGAUUCUUGGUGACCAAGGUCAUAACUGUGGAUGCGGACUCUGGCCAAAAUGCUUGGCUCUCAUAUCACUUACUCCACGCGAGUGAUACCAGUCUUGUUAGUGUAGACGGGCAGACUGGAGAAAUCAAAAUCUUACGCAACAUCAGGGUCACAGACCCCAACAAGCACAGACUUAUUAUUGAAGUAAGAGACAAUGGUGCACCCAAACGAUCUGCUUCUGUAACAAUUGGACUGUGGUUAUAUGACACUUUUCCACAAGUGUUGCCCGACUUUCAAGAUGCCGAGAUCUCUGACAACCCUAUUUCCAGCUUGAAUAUUUAUUUAAUAAUAACUGUAGUGUCUGUCUCCUUUCUUUUCGUUGGGUUUUUAAUGAUCAUUAUCUCCGUGAUGUGUUACAAACAGGACUAUGCCAACUACUGUCCGUGUUUCUCCAUUUGCUGUGAUUUACAAAUUGAACGCUAUAGAGUGAAGUCAGCUGCUCCACUGAAUUCUGCCUUACCAACUGACCUUCUGGAUAUUGCUGGUUCUGAAACACUUUCUCACAGUUAUCAAUAUAAGGCAUUUGUAGGAUUUGUUCCUCACGCAGGCACUAUGAUACCAGUAAAUUAUAGCACUGGAGACAGUGGAAAUAAUAUCGUAUCAGAAGGGCACUGUGUUCAGAUCACAUCUAUGGAAGGAAAUCCAACACAAGGGGGCACCGCGAGCAGCAGUAUUCCUUCAGAAUGCAAAAGUCUCAAAGAACUUCAACAAAGCAGCAGUGUACAUUACUUCCAAAAAUCUACAGUAAGGUCUCAAAGAACUUCAGACUCUGCAAGACACCAGUGUGAAAACAUUAUCCAGUUAACAGCAAUGUAUCAGAAAACUUCACCAUCUCCAAAACAGAUGACAGACUUUCAUGUUUCCAGUGUGACAUCACAGAUCCAAGAAAAUCAUUACAAGACAGAGUUUUAA